AUGACCAAGCAGAAGCUGACCAAGGAUUUGAUCAAGACUCUUUGUUCGGAGCUUCAGAAGGAUGCUUGCGCAGGCACUUUGAUCAAGAAGCUGGUUGGUGAACACUGGUUGGAAAAGGUGGAGGAUUUGCGUUACGUUCCGCAGCAUCGGCUGGAAAGCUGGGGAGUCCCCUUGAAGUUGAUUGAUGAGAUCUACGAUUUCUUGGCGGAAAAUGAGGCAGACGAAGGAGCUCAUGACUUCAAUGCGUAUGUGAACUACACCUUGCGACCGACCAUGCAGAGCUACCUUACUCCUUCUAUCACGUUCAGCAAACUCAGGGAUGAUGCUGAAAAGCGCCGGCAGCCUCGAACCUGGGCAGCCAAGCGUUUGCAACGGUGGUUCCGACAUCGGCAGCAACAGCGUGCAAGGAAGCCAGUGAUCACUGAAGAUCAAGUUCUGUCAUGGGUUGAGGACGGGGACUUCUUCAAGCCGGACGCUGGCAAAUCUCAGGAGACCCGGGAGAAAAGGGCAAAGGAGUCUCUCAAAAAGGGCGUCGCCAGGUGGCGUGCACGAAAAGCCCGUGAGAAGGCCGAAGGUCUGAGUGGCCCACAACAACGUGCACCACCUGCUGAUUCGUUCUUGGCGAAAAUCGUGGAGACCAGUCCCAACACCAUUCCGGCCUUCCUAGCACAAAGGGCAGCUGCCAAACCCAGGGAUUGCGAAGUGUAUCAACUCUUCACCGAGUUUGGGAACAAGCUCAACCAAUCAGAAGAAGAGAUGCGACCGUAUGUUCACAGGCUUGUGACUAUCAACUGGAUUGAAGAGAAGGAGGAUUUGGUCCUUGUGGAGGAUAGGCAUUGGGAUGCAUGGGCAAUUCCUGAGAAAUUGGUUGUUCUUGCAAAAAUUGAGGGUGGCAAGACAGGUGGUGCAAAGAAGAGCUUCCGCAGAGAUUGCCAGUGUGUCUUUCUGUGA